GUUAGGCCAACAGGGAAGCGCGGAGCCGCAGAGCCGGUCGGCCGCCCGCCCGAGCGCCCGGAGCUGAGCUGCGGCGAGGCCCGGCUGCGCCCGACGGCCCGGGCUGUGCGGGGGCGCGCUGCGGGCGCGCUCGGGGCCGCGCCGCCGCCGCCGCGAGGAUCUGAUAUCAGCGACCUGUCCCUGUCACUCUUGACACUUCGCUGUCAGGCUGCGCGCGGGGGCGGGCGGAGCGCCGCCGGCGUUAGCUUUGCUCAUUGGAGGGGCUCGGGGAGGGAGGGAGGAAAGAAGGGGUCUUUGCCCACUCUUGUUUCGCUUCGGAGCUGGGAGCCUGCUCCCCAAAGACGCGCCGAGCGGUGCUGCCCGCCCGCGUGCCAUGUCUCCGUCCGCCCGCUGACUUUCGGCCUCGGGACUCUUCCGCUUGGGACUUGCCGAGGAGACGGGGGCGGCUUGGUUCGAGGACUCGGCAGGGGCUGCGUCCCCGGCUGCGCGCAGCGGCCGCCGCGGAGAAGCUCCGCGCCCGGAGCGGGGCCGGCACGGCAGCGGCGGCCGCGGGGCUCGGCCGGGCUUAGCCCGGGACCGGCGGGCGGCGCGCUCCCGCGUCCAUGAACUGCAUGAAAGGCCCGCUGCACUUGGAGCACCGAGCAGCGGGGACCAAGCUGUCGGCCGUCUCCUCGUCGUCCUCCUGUCACCAUCCCCAGCCGCUAGCCAUGGCUUCGGUCCUGGCUCCGGGUCAGCCCCGCUCCCUGGACUCCUCCAAGCACAGGCUGGAGGUGCACACCAUCUCCGACACCUCCAGCCCGGAGGCCGCAGAAAAAGACAAGAGCCAGCAGGGGAAGAAUGAGGACGUGGGCGCCGAGGACCCGUCCAAGAAGAAGCGGCAGCGGCGGCAGCGGACGCAUUUUACCAGCCAGCAGCUGCAGGAGCUGGAGGCCACUUUCCAGAGGAACCGCUACCCGGACAUGUCCACGCGCGAGGAAAUCGCCGUGUGGACCAACCUCACGGAAGCUCGAGUCCGGGUUUGGUUCAAGAAUCGCCGGGCCAAAUGGAGAAAGCGGGAGCGCAACCAGCAGGCCGAGCUGUGCAAGAACGGCUUCGGGCCGCAGUUCAACGGGCUCAUGCAGCCCUACGACGACAUGUACCCAGGCUAUUCCUACAACAACUGGGCCGCCAAGGGCCUCACGUCGGCCUCCCUGUCCACCAAGAGCUUCCCCUUCUUCAACUCUAUGAACGUCAACCCCCUGUCGUCGCAGAGCAUGUUCUCCCCGCCCAACUCCAUCUCGUCCAUGAGCAUGUCGUCCAGCAUGGUGCCCUCCGCCGUGACGGGCGUCCCGGGCUCCAGCCUCAACAGCCUGAAUAACUUGAACAACCUGAGCAGCCCGUCGCUGAAUUCCGCGGUGCCAACGCCCGCCUGUCCUUACGCGCCGCCGACUCCUCCGUAUGUUUAUAGGGACACGUGUAACUCGAGCCUGGCCAGCCUGAGACUGAAAGCAAAGCAGCACUCCAGCUUCGGCUACGCCAGCGUGCAGAACCCCGCGUCCAACCUGAGCGCCUGCCAGUACGCCGUGGACCGGCCCGUGUGAGCGCGCCGCGCGCGGAUCCAGGACGUGCCGGAGGGGCGACUCCGCCCGGGGAGACUGGGAAUUACGCUAGUAGGUCGUGGGCACUAAAGAAAGGGAGAGGAAGAGAAGCUAUAUAGAGAAAAGGAAACCACUGAAUGGAAGAGAGAUCGCCUUUGAUUGCAAAGAGAUGUCCUCAGUGUCUGACAUCUUUCACUCGAGUAUUUCCGACAGUUGCAAGGACACGCACACAAGCAAGUGUUUGACUGGACAUGACAUUUUAACAUUACUAUAAGCUUGUUAUUUUUUAAGUUUAGCAUUGUUAACAUUAAAAUGACAAAGGAUGUAUAUAUAUCGAAAUGUCAAAUUAAUUUUAUAAAAGCAGUUGUUAGUACUAUCACAACAGUGUUUUUAAAGGUUAGGCUUUAAAAUAAAGCAUGUUCUACAGAAGCGAUUAGGAUUUUCGCUUUCAAGCAAGGGAAUGUAUAUACUAAAUGCCACACUGUAUGUUUCUAACAUAUUAUUAUUAUAAAAAAUGUGUGAAUAUCCAGUUUUAGAAUAGUUUCUCUGGUGGAUGCAAUGAUGUUUCUGAAACUGCUAUGUACAACCUACCCUGUGUAUAACAUUUCGUACAAUAUUAUUGUUUUACUUUUCAGCAAAUAUGAAAAAAAUGUGUUUUAUUUCAUGGGAGUAAAAUAUACUGCAUACAAA